AUGAAAGAGAAAGAGAGUCAGGAUGAAGAUAAUUCAGACUGGAGUCGAUCAAGCUCUCUAGACAGACUAAGCCAAAGCAAUUCAAGAUCUCAAGACAAUUCAAAUCUUCUGAAUAAUCAAAAGGAUGCCAACCCAAAGCUAACUGAUCCAGAAAUGUUUCCGGUUGCUGAAAAUAUUGUUUAUGACAUUAUUCAUAUUUGUUAUAAGAACCAACGUGAGUUGCAUUUAUUUAAACAACAACCAGCUACGCAACAAGAUAAUCAUGUUAGAGAGAAGCAUAUGAUUGGCAGAAGGAAUGAAGAUCAAGAACUUCAGCCGAUUAAAAAUAUGUCUGUGUACCAUUCACCCAAAGUUUCUGAAAGUGAUGAAGAGAAUCCUUCCAAUGGUGGAAAGAUUAUUACAAAGGAUUUGAAAUGGUGCUUAACUACU